AGAUGCAGAAAUAAUGAGCUGCCUUCGAGGAAAGAGUCUUCACGACAUAUUAAACGCCUCAGACGAAAAGUUCACGUUUCGACCCUCAAUUGACGGCGCGUUCCUGCGCUCUGAUCCGGAAGUCAUAAUGACCAACCUGGCGAAGGGUGACAACUCUACAGAGGAUAUUGGAUUUUUGCACGUGGAUCUGAUGCUUGGUCUGAACAACAUGGAGGGUGGGGCUCAUGUUGCGCUGCUGUGGGCGGAGCAUUUGAACACCACGUACAAUGAGUUCAAUGUAAGCAGGACAGACAUACGGAACAUCGUAGUUCCCAUUGCUAUAAACCUGACUUUCGGUAGUGACAUAUCGCAAUCUAUUACGCAGACCGUUAACUUUCAAUACAACGACGUUAAGGGUGCUGACGAUCCCCAGCGUCUACGGCAGCGCGUCGUUGACCUCUCCACGGAUAUAGACGUCGCGGCACCGCUGGUUCGAACCGGAAACCUUCACGUACUGGUGGCACAAGGUAGCACCUACCUUUACCAGUUUUCGGAGCCUUUGAAUCUUACGCAUGCGCCUGUUUGGUUUUCGGGAGCCAACCGCGCCAACGACGUCAUUUUUCUGUUUGGAUUCAGUGAGCGAGGUCUGCAGUUUGUGAAUCACGUGACGGGAUUCACGCCGACCGUGGAACAGAGGGUGCUGUCAACAAGGCUCAUCAAAAUGAUCGCAAAAUUUGCGAGAACUGGAAAUCCUAAUCCGCUAAACGCCGCUGGCGAUCCUCAGUGGCCUGAAUAUGACGCCAUGAGCAUGUCGUACCUAGACAUCUCCGCAGCGCACGUGAGCCCCAAACACCACUUCCGGGAGCCAUUCAUGACCUUCUGGACGAGCGUGGUACCGGAACUGCUCACUGCGACCUCGCAGAAUGCGACUUCUCCGCUUGUGUGCCCUGAGGAAAUCGGUCACACGAUUAAAGUAAACUUAGUCACUGCUGAAAACAUCAUCAUCGCUCUCUCCAUAGUCUCCUUCUGUCUGCUAUGCGCAUGCGUGUUGCUCGUCUGUUUAUCGGUAGCGAGGGAGCCGACAUUGUAUAUCAACAGCAAUAACGCAGUGAUGAAGACCCCAAACUUGAGCGAGACCCCCUCUCUAUCCAGUCCGACCGACAGCUGACUCAAAGCGUCAUUGUGGGUCCUUUUUUAAAGCGCAGAAAAUGUGAAGCAAAUCCAUAAAAUGAGCAUUUUUCUGGGAAGAUUGGGCUUAAUGCAUGUGAGUGAAGUGUCGUCCCAGAUAAGCCUGUCCAGUCCGCAUGUGAGUGAAGUGUCGUCCCAGAUUAGCCUGUCCAGUCCGCAUGUGAGUGAAGUGUCGUCCCAGAUUAGCCUGUCCAGUCCGCACAGGCUAACCAUGGACGAUACUUUCCGCCUAGAUUGGGCUUAAUGCAUGUGAGUAAAGUGUCGUCCCAGAUUAGCCUGUCCAGACCGCAUGUGAGUGAAGUGUCGUCCCAGAUUAGUCUGUCCAGUCCGCAUGUGAGUGAAGUGUCGUCCCAGAUUAGCCUGUCCAGUCCGCAUGUGAGUGAAGUGUCGUCCCAGAUUAGCCUGUCCAGUCCGCAUGUGAGUGAAGUGUCGUCCCAGAUUAGCCUGUCCAGUCCGCAUGUGAGUGAAGUGUCGUCCCAGAUUAGCCUGUCCAGUCCGCAUGUGAGUGAAGUGUCGUCCCAGAUUAGCCUGUCCAGACCGCAUGUGAGUGAAGUGUCGUCCCAGAUUAGCCUGUCCAGUCCGCAUGUGAGUAAAGUGUCGUCCCAGAUUAGCCUGUCCAGUCCGCACAGGCUAACCAUGGACGAUACUUUCCGCCUAGAUUGGGCUUAAUGCAUGUGAGUGAAGUGUCGUCCCAGAUAAGCCUGUCCAGUCCGCACAGGCUAACCAUGGACGAUACUUUCCGCCUAGAUUGGGCUUAAUGCAUGUGAGUGAAGUGUCGUCCCAGAUAAGCCUGUCCAGUCUUAAUGCAUGUGAGUGAAGUGUCGUCCCAGAUUAGCCUGUCCAGUCCGCACAGGCUAACCAUGGACGAUACUUUCCGCCUAGAUUGGAUUUUCUUUUAAAAGAAAUCUCCUUUAAAAGAUUAUUUUCCACAAAAGCGGAAUGCACAGGCUAAUCUGGCAUGUCACUUUAUGCGCAUAUAUUAAGCCAUAUUGUCCAAGAACGCGGCUCAAAUCAUAAACUUGUAUUAUUUAUUUAUGUUGCAGUCGGUUACGUUAGUAUUAUUUUUGUUUGAGCAAAAUUCCAUUUAAAUCAUUAACCUCUAGAUUUCUAACAAAUAACUUGACAUAUAUUACAUAUUCUAUUCACUAGCUUGAAGUACAUUGGACGUUUUAUUGUCUUGCCAGUAGCAAGUAUCUCGCCAUUUUAUAAGUAUUCAAAUAUGUUCGUAUGAACUGAAUGUUUAGAGCAUUUUGCGUGGUUUUCGACUAAAUUUGAUUGACGACGAUUGUACAACUGAUUGUUUAUAGUAUAUAACAUGUACGCUUAUGUGUUCUAGUAUUAAUGUAAAAAAUAUAUGUAUAUAUUAGCGCGUUUAUUUACAAAUUGUAUAAAGUAUGUAUAAGUU